CAUACAUAAUUAUCAAUUAAACGCAUAAAUUCGGACUUUUAUUUUUAUAUCUUUAGCUUAAAAUUAACCUGCGCUCAAGGGAAACGCGACAAUAACAGAAAUAGAGCGCAUUGUGAAACACCUUCUUCUUUUUUUGGCUUUCAUCGAAUUCCGCGCAAAAUUGCUGCUCGAAGGGAGAGAGUGGAGUGCGACAUCACAGCAGAAGAUAACACCCAUCCAGCCAGCCAGUGUUGUGUCACCUGUCAAAAACGAUGGUGGUGGUGGUGGUGCUAACAGAUGUCAAAAUUUCGUUUUCUUUGUGGAGUUGAAAGUUGGAUGGAAACGGUUCGAGCUGGAAUUGGUUUUAAAAUGUGUAUUGUUCGACGUUGAAUGGUAGUUUUCGUUGGUUCUGCUGCGUUAAUGGGUGUGUUGUGAGUCGCUCCUGCGGAAAGGUCAAUAAUGGACGAAACGUUGGAAGUGUUGUCGCCGCCGUCGUCCACGGAUGAAGGUGAGAAAGUGCCGGAGUCGCCGAAACCUUUGGCGUUCACCAUCGACUUUGGGGAGGAAAAGUCCAUCAACAACCAACGACUGAAAUCGAUGGUGGAGAAGUACCAGAAGAAGCAUCGCAGGGGCCAAUCACUGUCCAAAAUCGAGGACGCCUCUACCUCGACCACCGCAAUCAAAAAGCCGCCCCAAUGUCUGAGUGGAAAUCUGCCGCGCAAAUCAAAUUACCUUCCGGAAUUGCCAAACGCCAUGUCCUCCAUGGAGAAGAGCACGCGCGGCCUCAACAUGCUGAAGCUUGAACUUCCGCUGAAGAACACGACCACCGACAAAUUCCAGUGCUCCAGUCCAGAGGAUCUUAAGAACGGAAGCAUUGAAGAUGAAGAACAAAUUUCACCUAGUCUGCUCGAGGAUUGCAGACGAUUAUCUAGUCCGGACAAGAAUGACGUCCAUGAGUUUGUGGAGGGUACGGAAUUCGAUUUCGAUAUUUCAGAUGCGGUGAGCGAUGCGGGAACGUACACUCUGGACGCGGACAACUACUCCGAGGAGCAGAAGGCGCGCAUGAGUAUAGAUCACAAAUUCGAGAUCGAGGAGGUCUCGGUGUUCAGGAAGACGCAGGAGUACGUGCAGAGUUUGGCCACGCUGGAGCAGGAGGUAACUCCGGUGGAGGAAGAGGCGCCAACGCCUGUCCAGAAACCGCAGACGCUGUCCUUUGCACAGAACAAUCAGCCGAGCAAGCUUUCUCCGAUCGUCUCGCCCACGCAAAACAUCUCGAUUAUGCAAUACGAAGGUGAGCCGAAGCCGGUGAAUUUCAUGGAGAGCACGAACCGUACGUUCUCGAAGAUCAUGAUGCCUAGUCCGAAAGCUCGCACAGGGAUCGGCCUCGAGAAGGAGGCUGAUCACGGCAACAUAAUUUCGAUCACGUCUAGCGGUGCUUUCAGGACGAAAGAGGAACGCGACAGGAUAAACAGGCGCAAGUUAAGUUUAGCCAAAUCGGAGAUACAAGUGCAGACGUACAUUUCGAAUAACGAGGAGGAUGCUCCCAAAGAUGUGCACGAACUGAAACCGCUCAGGAGAAAUCUGAGCGCCAACCUAGUGCUAGUAAGUGAAAACGUACCGCAGACUAUAAACAAUAUUAAAUCUAAGAACGCUUUGCAAGAAGAGAUCGUACAAACCAAUGUGUCUGUGGGAAAAGUGGUCAAUUUACCGCCGUGCAUUGGUGGCAUGUCCGGCAAAAAUUCGCCUACGAAGAUUCCGUCACCCAUCCACACGUCGAGGCCGCGCAGCAGGACCAGCUCGAACUCGCUGAACGUGGACUUGUCCGAUAGCAGCUUAGAGACGGAAUCGUACUUGAGGCCCACACAGUGUUUAUUGAAUUCCUUGCAGCAGAAGCUCUCGAUGGAGAACAGCGACAACGAUUGCGACAAUUACGAAACCAAAUAUUUGAAUAACGAUGCGAGAAAUUUGCUUAAGAAGCCGACGCACAUCCGACACAAUUCGCUGGACGACCGAAACAUGAAGACGAACAAACUGGAGCACUUUCAGAAUAAGAACUUUAUUGAUCAAUCUUACGCCAACGUGUUGAAUCAAUAUUCCCAUGGCAAAGUGCACAAGAUCCAGAACUCUCCAAACAACAGUCCGAUCCGGAGGUCGAGCAGUUUCUCGACGAAAAACCACAUCAACACCAAGUGUUCAAACAUCACGCAGAAGGAGAGCAACAUACGGAAUUCUCCGAACCUGGGACGAAAUGGGUCGAUCCAGAGGUCCUCGUCGACGGCGACAAUGCGAUCAUCGAUGCUCAUACGACACGCCGAUCACAGAAUGGAUAGGAACCAGUUUGGUGAGACGGAAUCGAGCUCGGAAGAGGAUUUGAAGCAUAACAUCAGGAAAAAGGACAUCACAAAUACACGGUACAAUCGCGCGUUCAGCUUGAGGCGUGGCCGUCUGGAAUCGGAGUCGCCUCCGGGGCGGUGUCCGAACACGCCCGAGAUGCACCGAAAGUUCCAGCCGAACGAGCACAUCAGAUCGGAGAGGGCGAUAUCCGUCGACAGGAAACCGAAGGUCUCUUCCAACGAGGUCCAAAGCAAGUACUUACAGAACCUCUCCAAACCGAAGACUGUCCAACUUAAGGCCGAGGUCAAACUGCCGCAGAAGAUCGGCAAUCUAGCGACGAAACCAUCACCGAAACCGCAAGUCUUCUCCAGGACCGACACCGGCCGCUUCAGCAUGAGAACGAACAAACCGCCUCCAGUUACGAAUUCGCAGAAGACGAUCCGAAAAGAAAUACCAGUUGGUAAAAAACCGUCUGGACCUAGGAGCAACUCGUCGCUGACGAGUAAAGAGGUGGAUUUUCAGAACUGGAAGCGCAGAAAAAGCUACGACCCUAGGAAGGCUGCAGCCGAGGGUAAACGAAAAGCCGAAUUAGCUAAGAAAAAUAGCACACCGAUGACGCAAUCGUAUCACGAAGCUAACCAGGAUUGCGAUAGCUCACCGUCACAUUCUAGCUCCGUGCAUCGAUCGCAGAGUUUUCAUGGAACAGCAGCGUUGGAACAGUACGUGUCUUCGGAGGAGGAGGAAGAGGAUUUGACUCUGUCGCCGGACGAGGGCUUCAGUCCACCAACGCCGAGUCCUUGCGACAUGAGCCCGAACCACGUCAAUCUGAGGUACGCCUGGAAGGAUCCUCGUCUCCAUCAUCAUCAUCAUUAGUUGUUCCGUUUCUUCCCUCGUAUCUUUUUCGUCGACUCAAAAAAAAGAAUAAAUAAACAAGGAAACCACAUAAUAUCCAUAUCAUAAUCACCGAUCCUCUCAAUCAUCUCACAACGUCAUCAAAACUAUACACACUUUCCCCCUUUAACCCAAUAUAAUAUAAUUAUCUAUAUUAUAUAUCGAGUAAUAUUUAUAACGAAAAGGUGCAAUAUUCUUGCUUUCAAAUUAAUCGAUCAUUUGACAUAGUUAAUUAAAUAC